AUGCAGAAAACAAACGACAAUAAAGGUUCUCGCAAGGCAUUCUCAUCGACAAGCUCCUCGAGUCGCAGCAGCAACAACAGCAACAUGGAAAACCUCGAGGCAACCACAAUGAGCAAUGGCAAUGGAAAUGUUGUAGUUGAUGCAGUAGAUGGAAUUGGAAAUGUAGAUGGAGUUAAAGUUGGAGGGGGAGUUGGAGUUGGAGUUGGAGUUGGGGCAACAGCAAGUUGCAUGCCCGUUACGGAUUUCUAUAGUAAUGCCACGGUUCUCAUUACCGGCGGCACGGGUUUUGUGGGCAAAGUGCUAACCGAGAAAUUGUUGCGGGCCUUUGGUUUGCGUAAAAUUUACAUGCUGAUACGCAGCAAGGACAACAUGAGCGUGCAGGAGCGAUUGCAAGGAUUCUUCAAUGAGUCGAUAUUCAAUACAAUGCGCGUGGAGUGCCCGGAGCUGUUGGAGAAGGUGCAUCCGAUACGCGCUGAUUACAGUGCCAUCGACCUGGACAUCGAUGCCGGCGACCGUGCAAUGCUCCUGUCUGAGGUCCAAAUCGUCUUCAACGUGGUUGCUUCGGUCAAAUUCAAUGAGAAACUAAGCGAUGCUAUCGACAUUAAUGUCCUCGGCACAAAGAAGAUUCUCGACUUGGCCAUGCAAAUGAAGCAGUUAAAGUCAUUCGUACACAUUUCGACACUGUACUGCAACUGCAAUCGCAAAUUCAUCAAGGAACAAGUGUACGAGAAUGAAAUUGGCUACGAAAAAAUCAUGCAGAUCUAUCGCACCUUCGAUGAUGAUACCCUGGAGAAGCUACGUCAUUGUCUAAUUGGUGAUAUGCCCAAUACGUAUACCAUGACAAAGAAAUGUGCCGAAAAUCUGGUCAAUCAUCGUGCUUUUCAUUUGCCCGCUGGCAUCUUUCGACCGCCCAUUGUAAUGUCAACGUACAAGGAUCCAUUUCCCGGCUGGACUGAUAAUUUGUACGGGCCAUCAGGUUUAUGCACUUGGUCGGCCCGGGGACUCGUCCAUUGCAUUUACGGCACCGCCAACAGCAAAGCGAACAUGGUGCCCGCCGAUUAUGUGGUGAAUGCAAUGAUAGCAUCCGCCUGGGAUAUCGCCCGAAGAUACGAACAGCGUGAAAAUGAACUCGAUGGAAAAUCCGAGCUGCCCGUGUACAAUUACGUCUCGGACGUGAACAACAUUACCUGGGGCGAGUACAUGCACCUGUCGCGUCAAGGUUUUCACGAGCCAUUCGACAAGGCGCUUUGGUGCUUCUCGUACGUUAUAAUACCAUCGAAGCCUCUGCAUUGUGCAAUUGCAUUUUUCUUGCACAAUAUCCCAGCUUAUAUUUUAGAUUUAAUUGCCAUGGCCACCGGACAAAAGCGCAUGUACGUGAAGGCAUAUCGCAAAAUCUCGCGCAUAAUCAAUAUGAUGGCAUGGUUUGGUUUGAAGGAGUGGAAGUUUGCCCAUCGCAACAUUGACGAAUUGAACGAACUGCUGCCGAUUGGGGAGCGUGAGAAGCUGCAGUUUAACAUAGCAACGAUUAAUUGGAGCGAAUAUUUUCGCUCGUAUCUGAGCGGCAUCAGGCGCUACUUCUUUAAGGAUAACGCUAACGAUAAUAAAUUACAACAGCGCAAAACUAUUUAUCGCAGAAUGCUGUUGCUGCAUACGCUGCUGAAGACGACAUUUGGUGUUUCAUUAAUUAUGUGCAUACUGCGCUUUUAUCUUCGCCUUUUCAAAAUUAUGCCAAGGAUUGCGCUCUAA